CAAUUGCAAAUCUCUAUCGACUUCCCCCCCUCAUGUAUAUAAUUCUCACACGUUCAUUUUGGUGUGAGAUUUCAAUUUAACUGCGAAAGUCUGAUCGGUCGGAUCUACUAUAGAGGAAAUCACAUCUGAGGGUUUAAGAUUUGCUGUUGCUUGAAAAAGAUGUUGACGAAAUUCGAGACUAAGAGUAACAGAGUGAAGGGACUGAGUCUCCAUGCGAAAAGGCCAUGGAUCCUUGCGAGUCUUCAUAGUGGUGUGAUCCAGCUAUGGGAUUAUAGAAUGGGGACACUGAUUGAUAAGUUUGACGAACAUGAUGGUCCGGUUCGUGGUGUUCAUUUUCACAUAUUGCAGCCGCUGUUUGUGUCUGGAGGGGAUGAUUACAAGAUUAAGGUUUGGAACUACAAGUUGCACAGGUGUCUGUUCACCCUCCUUGGACACCUUGAUUAUAUCCGUACUGUACAGUUUCAUCAUGAGUCUCCUUGGAUAGUGAGUGCAAGUGAUGAUCAAACUGUUCGAAUUUGGAAUUGGCAGUCAAGGUCAUGCCUUUCUGUUUUAACUGGUCACAAUCAUUAUGUAAUGUGCGCAUCCUUCCACCCUAAAGAAGAUCUUGUCGUGUCGGCUUCACUUGAUCAGACAGUUCGCGUCUGGGAUAUUGGAUCUUUGAGGAAGAAAAAUGUGUCCCCAGCUGAUGACCUGAUGAAUUUAAGUCAGCUAAACUCUGAUCUUUUUGGUGGAAUUGAUGUUGUUGUGAAGUAUGUUCUGGAAGGUCAUGAUAGAGGAGUUAACUGGGCCUCAUUUCAUCCAACGUUGCCUCUAAUUGUUUCAGGUGCUGAUGACCGUCUGCUGAAGUUGUGGCGCAUGAAUGACACGAAGGCUUGGGAAGUGGACACAUUGAGAGGACAUGUGAAUAAUGUGUCAUGCGUCGUAUUUCACAGCAAACAGGAUAUAAUUGUUUCCAACUCAGAAGAUAAGAGCAUUCGUGUUUGGGAUGUGACAAAGCGUACUGGUAUUCAUACUUUCCGAAGAGAGCAUGAUCGAUUUUGGAUUCUUGCAUCUCAUCCAGAGAUGAAUCUUCUUGCAGCUGGUCAUGACAGUGGGAUGAUCGUGUUUAAGCUUGAAAGAGAGAGGCCUGCCUUCUCUGUAAGUGGUGAUUCAAUGUUCUAUGCUAAAGAUCGCUUCUUGCGAUUCUAUGAGUUCUCAACUCAAAAGGAAACACAAGUGCUUCCAAUUCGACGGCCUGGCUCCACAUCUCUGAAUCAGGGUCCACACACUCUUUCAUAUAGUCCUACCGAAAAUGCUGUCCUCAUAUGUUCAGAUGUCGAUGGCGGAUCUUAUGAGUUGUAUAUUGUACCCAAAGACAGCAUCAGCAGGGGUGACACGGUCCAAGAUCCAAAAAGAGGCGCUGGAGGAUCAGCUGUGUUUGUGGCUCGAAAUAGGUUUGCGGUGCUUGACAAAAGCACUAAUCAAGUACUAGUCAAGAACCUUAAAAAUGAGAUUGUUAAAAAGAGUGGUCUGCCAAUAACUGCUGAUUCCAUUUUCUAUGCUGGAACGGGUAAUGUGCUCUGUAGGGCCGAAGACAGGGUGGUAAGUUUUGAUCUUCAGCAAAGGAUUGUUCUAGGUAGCCUUCAAACAUCUUUUGUCAAGUAUAUUGUCUGGUCAAACGACAUGGAAAACGUAGCGUUGUUGAGCAAGCAUUCCAUAGUUGUUGCUAGCAAGAAGCUUGUCCACCAGUGCACCCUUCACGAGACAAUACGUGUUAAGGGUGGAGCCUGGGACGAUAAUGGUGUUUUCAUAUACACCACCCUGAAUCACAUCAAGUAUUGCCUACCCAAUGGAGAUAGUGGGGUAAUAAGGACCCUUGACGUCCCUAUAUACAUCACAAAAGUUUUGGGAAAUAAGAUUUUCUACAUAGAUCGGGAUGGAAAGAACAAGAUUAUAGUUAUUGAUGCAACGGAAUAUAUAUUCAAGUUGUCCUUACUAAAAAAGAAGUAUGACCAUGUCAUGAGCAUGAUCCGAAAUUCACAGCUUUGUGGGCAAGCGAUGAUUGCCUAUCUACAGCAAAAGGGGUUUCCAGAAGUUGCUCUUCACUUUGUUAAAGAUGAGAGAACUCGUUUCAAUCUGGCUCUGGACAGUGGCAAUAUUCAGAUAGCUGUUGCUGCGGCGAAGGAGAUAGAUGAGAAGGAUCAUUGGUAUAGAUUGGGGGUUGAGGCUCUUCGGCAGGGAAAUGCAGGAAUUGUGGAGUAUGCUUACCAGAGAACAAAGAAUUUUGAGAGGCUAUCUUUUCUUUACUUGAUUACAGGGAACAUUGAAAAGUUGUCAAAAAUGCUUAAGAUUGCUGAAGUCAAGAAUGAUGUCAUGGGCCAGUUCCAUAAUGCUCUUUAUCUGGGUAAUAUUCGAGAACGUGUCAGCAUUUUAGAGAAUGCUGGCCAUUUACCUCUUGCCUACAUUACUGCUUCAGUUCAUGGGCUACAGGAUGUUGUUGAACGCCUUGCAGCAGAGUUGGGGGACCUUCCUACGUUGCCGAAAGGCAAGAUACCUUCACUUCUAAUGCCACCCACUCCAGUCAUGCGUGGUGGAGAUUGGCCCCUCUUGCGAGUCAUGAGAGGCAUUUUUGAGGGUGGUCUUGAAAAUGUCGGUAAGGGUGUCCCUGAUGACGAGGAAGAGGUAAAUGAUGCUGAUUGGGGUGAAGAACUAGAUUUAGUUGAUGUGGAUGGUUUGGAGAAUGGCGAUAUUCAAGCUGUACUGGAAGAUAGAGAAGUCGAUGAAGAUAAUGAUGAGGAGGGAGGGUGGGACCUUGAAGAUUUGGAACUUCCUCCUGAGACAGACACUCCAAAGGCUUCUAUAAGUUCCCAUUCAUCCUUUGUGGCCCCCUCUCCUGGCAUGCCUGUCAGCCAACUUUGGAUCCAAAAAUCCUCUCUGGCUGCUGAACAUGUAGCAGCUGGCAACUUUGAAACUGCAAUGAGAUUGUUGCAUCGGCAACUGGGAAUGCAAAACUUUGCCCCUCUAAAAUCCAUGUUUAUUGAUCUUCAUGUUGGGAGCCAUUCUUAUCUACGUGCAUUCUCGUCUGUUCCUGUAUUGUCUAUGGCAGUUGAACGGGAAUGGACCGAGUCUGCUGCUCCUAACGUGAGGGGUCCACCCGCACUUGUGUUCAACUUUUCACAGUUGGAAGAGAAACUAAAAGCAGGUUAUAAAGCCACAACAGCUGGAAGAUUUUCCGAGGCCCUUCGGCUUUUAUCAAAUAUUCUUCACACCAUUCCUCUUAUUGUGGUUGAGUCAAGACGAGAGGUUGAUGAAGUGAAGGAACUGAUUGUUAUUGUGAAAGAGUAUGUUUUAGGUCUACAAAUGGAGCUCAAACGAAAAGAACUCAAAGAUGAUCCUGUUCGUCAACAAGAGCUUGCUGCUUAUUUUACUCACUGCAAUCUUCAAGUUCCACAUAUGAGGCUCGCACUGCUAAGUGCAAUGAAAUUAUCUUACAACGCAAGGAACCUUAAUACGGCAGCCAAUUUUGCCAGACGGCUUCUCGAGACAAAUCCCACAAAUGAGAACCAAUCAAGGACAGCGAGACAAGUGUUGCAGGCGGCAGAAAAGAAUCUGACUGAUUCAUCUAAGCUAAACUACGAUUUCAGAAAUCCAUUUGUAAUUUGUGGGGCCACUCAUGUCCCCAUCUAUCAUGGUCAGAAAAAAGCUUUGUGCCCAUACUGUAGCUCCAAUUUUCUGCCAAGCCAAGAGGGGAGGUUGUGUACCGUAUGUGAUCUUUCAGUGAUAGGCAUGGAUGCUUCGGGCCUGUUAUGUUCUCCCUCACAGAUAAGGUGAUAUGAUGAGAAAAUCUGAAGUUCAAGGAGUUCAAUACAUAUACUUUUGGCAGUGCAAUCAUCCAGCUGGCCAUUCUGUUCAUGAAGGUAUAAGGCGAGCAAAGGAUAAUGCAAUUGUUCAAAGGGACUGUUACAGAUCCUUGUUGGAAGUGUAGAUGUGGAAGCUCCCUUUGAUAAGCAAGAUUCGUUGACGCUGUUGGCUGCACGUGAUUAGUUUUCAAACCAUGUUUUAGUUCUUGUAAUGCAUUGCAGGGUAUAUACCCUUUGUUUGCCAAGGUACCAUAUCGAAUGCUUUUAGAAGAAUAUUUUGUUUUAUGAUCAUAAUCUGAAUUGAUCAUUGUAUUUCUACUUGAUUUAAGCAUGUAACUACUUUUAAGAUAGGAUUUAUAUUUGUAAUGUGCUAUUAUUAUUAAGUCCACAAUUUGCACUUUUU